ACAUCAAAAAGUUUUCUUCGGUGCUAUGCAUUCACUAGCACAGUAUGUAACAGAAAUUUGUUGAGGCAUUCAUCGACCUCAGUUAGAAAAAAAAUAUACAUUUUUAUUUCUUCGGUAAACAAUUAAUAUUUGUUGAAUGCGAUCGAGUUAGUGUGUGGUGAAUAUAAUAACUUUUACACGAAAUGGUGUCAAUUGCAGCUUGUAUCAUUACGGUAAUCGGUACUCUAAUUACCGUAGCUAGUUUUUUGUUCGCAAUUCUUUACUUGCCGGAUAUCAUUGAGGACAGAGUGUUAGAGUCAGUUAAAUUGAUAGAAGGUACAGAAGCAUUCGAACGAUGGGAAACUACACCGCUUCCAGUUGAUUUCAAAGUACAUUUUUUCCACGUCCUAAAUGUUGAGGAUGUUCAGCAUGGAGAAACUCCAGUGGUCAAGGAAGUUGGUCCUUACGUAUACAAACAGUAUAGAAGAAAGAUCAAUAUCACGAGAGAAGACGAUAUCCUUUCUUAUUAUCAACGGCAGCAUUAUGAAUUCGAUGCAGAAGCUUCUUAUCCGUUGACUGAUACCGAUGAAAUAACGAUAUUAAAUUUACCGCUCAUGUCAAUACUUUUAACGACCGAAAGAUUACAUGGAAGCGGUUCCACCGAAUUGUUCGUAUUGAACACCGUCAUACGAUAUUUAUUCAACGAACCAACGUCAAUUUUUCUCACGACCACGCCACGAGAUUUUCUGUUCGAUGGCAUUUACAUCAAUUGCAACGACACUCGGUAUCUCCAGAAACGUGUUUGCGAUGAAAUUGGGGCAAACGCUCCACCAACCCUUCCGCGAUUGGAAGAUGGUCGCUUUCGUUUCAGUCUUCUCGGUCACAAAAACACCUCUCACGAUGGUCGCUAUUCCCUAAAUAGUGGGAUUCACGACGCCAGGGCUCUCGGGGAGAUUGUGACAUGGGAAAAUUCUGAUACUUUGAGUACCUGGCUGGAAAAUUCUACGUGUAACAAUAUUAUCGGUACUGACGGAAGCGUUUUCCCGCCGUACAGAACCGAAGAAUCAGUCAUCAACGUUUUUAGUACCGAUAUUUGCAGGUCUAUGAGGCUGGAGUAUAAUACAACCACGACACUCGCCGGAAUAAAAGGUCUCAGAUACGCCGUAGUUGAUACGGCGUUGGCAUCUCCGCGAAAUAAUCCAGAAAAUGAAUGUUUCUGUUUAAAUCAAACCCUCGGUAUCACCGGCGACGAUGGGUGCCUAUUGGACGGUGCUUUGGAGCUUUUGAACUGUCAAGGGGCUCCAGUGGUGCUCUCAUUUCCUCACUUUUACGAUGCUGAUGAGGCCUACCAAAACGGGGUGAUAGGAUUGAACCCGGUCGAAUCCAAGCACCGUAUGUUCUUGGACUUGGAACCGACCUCUGGGACCUUACUUCGUGGUAACACGAGAGUGCAAUUCAACAUGUUCAGCAAGCCGAUCAGUCGCAUAAAGUUAACUGAGAAUUUGAACACCACUCUGAUGCCGAUCGUCUGGAUCAGCGAGGGUAUAGUAUUGAACGGAGAAUUAAUCGGCGUGCUGAAUAGAACUCUGUUCGAUGUCCUCACCCUCGUAUCAACGAUAGAAUGGGUUGUGAUCAUAGCUGGAAUGCUCCUAUUUACCGGCGGUGUGAUCUGGUUGCUCUUAUCAAUUGUCCAAAAUAAGAAAAAAGCCUAAUUGUAAAUCAGUAUAACAAUAUUUCGAUAGAAUUUCUGUUUCGGUUUAGUUGUUACUCUAAAAAUAACAUCUUUUACAUACCUUCUAUAAAAUAUAAAUUCUUUAAUAUAAUAUAAACUUAUAAUUCGCACUUCCAA